GGUGGCUGCCUAGCGGGUCCCCUCCGGCACCCCGAGGCGGGCGGCAUGGCGGGCUCUCCGCGCGCGCUGCUCUGGUGCUGCCUCUGGCUUAGCUGCAGCCUGCUGGCGGAGGGGUCCGGGGAGCGCUCGGGCGGGCUCGGCCAAGGGAGCUUGGCGGGAGGACGGGGCGGCUGCGGCGGGCGCAGGAGCCGGGCAGCGGCGGCGGCGGCCGGGACGGUUGAGCAGCCCGCCCCACCGGUGGUCCCCGCCGGCGACAAGGUAUCGGAACACAUGCUGCGCCUCUAUGUCCGCUACAGCGGCCAGGCCCGGGACUCGGCGCCCGGAACGUCGCGGCUGCUUCACCUGCGGGAAGGCAACACGGUGCGCAGCUUCCGAGCGCUGCCGGCAGGGAUGCUUGGCAACAAAGAGGUGUAUGUUUUUAAUCUAACCUCCCUCACGAAGUCUGAAAACAUCUUGUCGGCUCUGUUGCAUUACUAUGUUGGAGAUCUCCAGAACAGCAGCACAAAUUGCCCUUGGCCCAAGAGCUGUUCUCGUCUGGGCCCCCGAAAAUCUGACCUACAGAUUAGGCUUUUGCUGCUGAGUUCUCCAUCACCAGCAAACCAAUCACGAACCCUGGGGCGUUACUUAGUCAACAUCUCUACUGCUUUGCAGGAUGACCAUUUCUGGCAAUGCAAAAACAUUACUCAGGACUUGAGCCAAGCCAAGGAGCACAACCAGCUGAUGAUCGGAGUCCAAAUGGCCUCUGCUGGCCAACCUCCAUGGAAGAGCCCACGUCUCAGCUACGAACCAUACAUCCUCGUCUAUGCCAACGACUCCGCCAUUUCUGAGCCAGAGAGUGUGGUUUCCAGCUUGCAAGGCCACUGGAGCCCUCUGCCUGGGGGUUUCCCCAAAUUGGACAGCCGGUCAAUAAAUGACCUCAGUGGACAGCGGCCCAAACGUUCCACCAGCUUUCUUCUGCCCUUGCAGAACAACGAGCUUCCAGGAGCUGAGUAUCAGUAUAGUGAGGAUGAAGGAUGGGAGGAGAGGAAGCACCUCAAAACCUUGCAGCCACGGCUGGCCGAAAGGGCAAAGGGUAAGAAAAAGCCGAGAAAAAACAAUCCUCAGAAAAGCCAGACGCUCCAGUUUGAUGAGCAGACCCUAAAAAAGGCGAGGAGGAAGCAAUGGAAUGAACCAAGAUCAUGCUCAAGGCGCUACCUCAAAGUGGAUUUUGCAGAUAUAGGCUGGAGCGAAUGGAUUAUUUCUCCUAAAUCUUUUGAUGCCUAUUAUUGUUCAGGUGAAUGCCAGUUCCCUAUUCCAAAGGCCCUGAAGCCAUCAAACCAUGCCACCAUUCAGAGCAUAGUGAGAGCUGUAGGGGUGGUCUCUGGGAUCCCUGAACCUUGCUGUGUCCCAGACAAGAUGUCAUCUCUCAGUAUCUUAUUCUUCGACGAAAACAAAAAUGUGGUACUCAAAGUCUAUCCAAAUAUGACAGUGGAAUCCUGUGCCUGCAGAUAACAUAUUCCUGCUUUCUGCAGUGACUUUGUUGCUUCACAAAGCUCUCCUCUUUCCAUUUACCAAAGCAUUUUGUUCUCCAGUUUUAUGAAGCAAGAUGAAUGGAUAAAUAAGCAAGAGCUGGGAAGGAACACGCCAUAGGUUUCCUGACUGUAAUUUUCUUACUGUGAGCAUAGGACAGGAACUGUUGAAAGCUCAUCACAGUGACAACCACUGUGUGGGGAGGCCUGAGUGGUGGUGGGAGGAUAGGAGAUGAAAACUGGAAAGAACUGAUUAGGAUCUGAAGAUUAGCAGGAAAACACAAUAUAUUUUUAUGCUGUAUUUGAAGACAAUUCACUCAAGCUGCUCGUUUUCCAAUCCACUCUUCCAGAAUUUAAUGGUGAAGGAGAUUUAAUAUACACAUUAUGCUUUUGAAACUAAGCUCUCUACCUUAGGUUAUCAGAAGACUCAAAAUAUGCAGUAACCUAGUAAGAGCCCACAUUCCCUUAUUACAGAGAUUCAAAUAGCCUAAAAAAAUCUAACCAGUUGGUUUUUCUGGCAUAACAUGUUAGUUGUGUUCUCUCUGUAUGUUUAUGUCCCUCUUCUUACACAAGCAAGGACUUUCAUUCAUAAAAUAAUGGGGACUUUUUAUCUGCAAACAGAAAUACAUUUCUGUUGCAUAUUUAGUAAGGAUCAAGACAUCUUGCACCUGUGUUAGCAAUAAAUCUGUGAACCAUGAUCUCUUAUCUCAGUACAGAACUCCAGAAAGAAGUGAUAAAGGGGGCAUGGUGCCAGAGAAGAAGGUAGAUUUUAAUUUGCCAGUCAAUUACUGUAGGCAACAGCUGUAAUAACCAUUUCACAAUAGGCACUACGUAGCACUGUGCUACAUUUUUAGGAUGUUCAUGGGUUGGGAAUCAAGAUGGCAGCCAUGACCACAGGAUUGAAGUUGCCAUUUUGACUUUUUUUUACCCACCCCCUACAGAGGGCCUGAUAUAAUUAUCUACUCAAAAGUCCCAGUAGGAGUAAUUUCCAGGAUAUUGGGUUUAAAAUUGCAGCCUAUCCAGGUGGUGAAGUGAAGCCAAGGAUUAAAGAAAAUAUAACAAAUGUAU